CCAUAUUUCUCGGCUAUGGAGGACUUCACACUGGCAUUUCAACUUCUGAAGCACUCUCUGUCUCAAUCCAAGUUACAACUUUUCCCACAGGCGUGGCUCCAAUGCGAUAACUCUAUCCAAAUUGUGGGUUUAACAGAAUCUUUGAAAAAGAUGCUUUCUUGUCCGCCAUACCAAUGCCUUCCAUUUGCUUCCCCAAACCUCCUCCGUCGCAACCCUUCAGCUUCCACCGCUUGCCUCCAUGACCCAACCCCACAACCCCCACAACUUAAUCCUCGGAGCCACAACUCCAAGUCCACCGCCCUCCUCCACCACCUCACUCACUCUCACUCUCACUCCAACCAUCCAAACCCAAAACAAGAGGACCUCCAAUACCCCAACUUGUCUGCAGAAGACAAAGCCAAGAUUUUGGAACUUUCCCUUGUCCGCAAAAGGACUCCUCAGUUUCCCGGCUCCAUCUACGUUCAGUCCCCCGGCGAUGCUGACGUGGGCACGUCUCUUCCUCCGCUGAAUACUCUGUUUCAAGCUGGAGGAGACAGUGGCGAUGAUGAUGAUGACCGUGAGAUGUUGAUGCGGGCUCUCCAGAUUCGGAGGAAGGUUACUGAGGAGAUUUUCAAGGAAGCUAUGCGAAAGGGUAAGUUUGGAAUCACAUAUACAACCAAUUUGGUCGGCAGGUUGUCUGUUUUUAUCGACCAUGUGAUGGUUGAAGCUGCAUCCUUGAAGAGGGUACCUGAAUUUUCUAAUUCCAGUUUCAAUGUUCGUGCUAAGACUGUUAUUGAGGACUCCGGUGUUGUGCGCCUUAUUAGGUGGUUGAAGCACAAUUCAUUGUCAUAUCCCCAGAUUGGGAAGCUCGUUUGCAUGUCGAAAGGGAAUCUUGAAACCAUUAGACGUGUUACGGAGUGGUUGAAGUCCAUUCAUGUGAAGGGUAGGUUCAUAGGGGUUGUGCUGUUGAAAGCAGGGGAUAAUCUUUUGGAUCGAAGCAGUGAAGAAUUUGAUGAGAUUGUUGAGUAUCUGGAGAGAAAUGGAGUCAGGAGAGAUUGGAUGGGCUAUGUCAUGAGUCGAUGUCCUCAGUUAUUGACUUGCAGUAUGGAAGAUAUUAAAACUCGUGUUGGGUUUUACUUAAAUAUGGGCAUGAGUGAGAAUGAUUUUGGAACAAUGGUAUUCGAUUAUCCUAGAGUACUUGGCUUCUAUGCUCUAUCAGAGAUGAACGAAAAGGUUAGUUAUUUAAAGGAGUUUGGCCUUAGCAAUGAGGAUGUUGGGAAAUUGCUAGCAUUUAAGCCACAAUUGAUGGGUUGUAGCAUUGAGGAAAGAUGGAAGCCUCUUGUUAGGUAUUUGUACUACCAUGGGAUUUCACGAGAUGAUAUGAGGAGAAUGCUCACUAUUAAACCAAUGGUUUUCUGUGUCGAUUUGAAGACAACCAUUAUGCCAAAGGUACAAUUUUUUCGGGACAUAGGUGUUCGAGAUGAUGCGAUAGGCAACAUGCUUGUAAAAUUUCCUCCAUUGCUUACUUACAGCCUCCACAAGAAAAUCCGGCCAGUGGUAAUAUUUUUGAUAACGAGAGCAGGAGUCAAUGAGAAGGACAUUGGGAAGGUUGUAGCUUUGGGACCUGAGCUCUUGGGAUGCAGUAUUGUACAUAAGCUUGAGAUUAAUGUGAAAUAUUUUCUGUCACUUGGCAUACACGUUAAAAAGUUGGGUGAGAUGAUUGCUGAUUUCCCAAUGCUGCUCCGAUACAAUGUAGAUAUUCUUCGUCCAAAGUAUCGCUACUUGCGGAGGACUAUGGUCCGCCCUUUGCAAGAUCUUAUUGAGUUUCCAAGGUUUUUCAGCUAUUCUCUUGAGGGUCGAAUUAGUCCUAGGCACAAAAUUCUAGUAGAAAAUAGGAUCAACAUGAAGUUGCGCUACAUGCUGGCCAGCACUGAUGAAGAGUUUGAGAACAGGAUCAAGACUAUUAUAGAAAGGCGCCAAAGAUUUGAAUCUAAUUUUGUGAAUAAUGCUCUCCCUAAUCCCCAGACAAUCGAUGGCCAUGACCCUAUGGAGAAUGAAACAGUGAUUGAUAAUAUUGACAGUGAGUCUGAGUGAUGCAGAAUCAUAGUUUCUACCAUCCAAGCUCUUCUGACCAUGAAUCGAGCUUUCAAAAUUGCCAUUAACAGUAUUGACCAACUUUCUGCCUUGUCCUUUCAAAGCAUUCCUCUUGAAUUUACAAACCUUGCUUGUACUAGAGCUACCGCAAGAGGAAGAGUUCCUCAAAAAAUUGUGACUACCAAUUCAGAUCUGCUACACCAAAAAGGGCCAAUCCAGAAGUCUAACGAGGUAGUUGUUAGAUAGCUGGAAGAUUGGAUUUUAACCAAGAAGACUGCUUGUGAAAAGUGCUACUUUGAAGAGGAAGAAUUCAAUUAUUAUAUGAAGUGUAAAAGAACCAUGAUAAAUAAAUUUCUUGUUAG